AGUUUUGGUCAAUACCCUGUUUCUCUCUGAAUCUGUGCAUUUUCUUUUCUGCAAGGGAAAAAAAGAAAAGAUAUCUUUGAAUCAUGUCGAAGAUGAAAUAUGAUAGUAAACCUCCACUUGCUGCUAAAUCGCCUAUCCGCCUACGACCCCGUCGCUCCCUUCCAUCAAACUCUGCCUCCCUGCAAACCCCUCCAGGUUCUUUAACGAGAUCCCAGAAGCCGAUUCUUACUUGGGGCAUUGAAGAAUCCGAGAUUCGACCCGAGUACCGCUCUAUUUCUUGUGAGUUACGAGUUUUGGCUCGGACGGUUAGAGAUGAACUUGGAAAUGGGGAAACGGAAGCCGCUGGUUUAGGCAAGAAGACUGUUCUCAGCGUCACCAAUUCUUGUCCAGUGUUCGAGAGAGGUCGGUUUUACGAGGAAUACUCGGCGAGAAGAAACGAGAGGCUUAAGACGAAGAAAGGCGAAACCCAGAAUGAAUCAAAGACUGGGCACCAUCUUGGAGUAACGGUUGAAUCAUCAAAAAGAAGAGGGUCGUCUAAGAAGCUGGAGAGCUUGAGGAAGUCGGUGGAGAUUCAGACACCAAGGUACCUGCUCCGAAGCAUGAACAAAGAGAAUAAGAAGCCUCCUCUCCCUGUCUCUGUCACUGCCACUCAAAAGAAAACAAGAGCUGGUAAGCUCUGAAAUUUGGGAUUCUAUUCAAGCAUUUGAAUAUCAACCAUAGAUUUUUUUUCAUCUCCAAACUAUGUUUCCUUCUGGUUGCUCUACCAGAUGUUUGUUUCUCAAUAUUUGAAUAUGAACAGAUGCUCAAAUGUUAUCCUCUAUUCAUUCA